UUGCUUGACUUCAUAAAUCAUAAUAAACCAAACCAAACCCUAACCCAACUUUUAUGAAUUAAAACAUGUUUUGUUUCUUAAAUUUUUAUUUUUAAUCAAAUUUUCAGAAAAGAAUAUAAUUUUCGGUCAUCAUCAAAUUGACGGUAUGGUGGACACUCGGGUAGACAUACCGGGAUUUGCAGACCCCAAUAACGCUGAAGAAAUUGAUGAGGAAGAUGAGACGUUAUCGAAAAAGAAGUCUGGCAAGAAAACUGGUGGCUUCCAAUCCAUGAAUUUGAGCUUCAAUAUACUGAAAGGCAUCACCAAGAGAGGCUACAAGCAACCAACGCCUAUACAGAGAAAGACGAUUCCAUUGAUUGUUGAAGGCAGAGAUGUAGUUGCUAUGGCCAGAACUGGUAGUGGAAAAACUGCUGCGUUUCUCAUACCCAUGUUUGAGAAAUUGAAAGUUAGAAGUGCCAAAGCAGGCGCUAGAGCGUUAAUUUUGUCACCCACUCGAGAAUUGGCAUUGCAGACGCUAAAAUUUAUUAAAGAAAUAGGCAGAUUUACUGGACUGAAAUCGGCAGUAAUUCUUGGCGGAGACUCAAUGGAAGAUCAAUUCUCUGCCAUUCAUGGAAAUCCAGAUGUUAUAGUCGCCACUCCAGGUAGAUUUUUGCAUGUCUGCAUCGAAAUGGAUCUAAAAUUAAGCAGCAUAGAAUAUAUUGUAUUUGAUGAAGCUGACAGGCUUUUUGAGAUGGGUUUAAGUGAACAACUAACUGAUAUUGUUGGACGUUUACCUAGUACGAGACAAACUGUACUGUUUUCCGCAACGUUACCAAAAGUUUUAGUCGAGUUUGCUAAAGCUGGUCUUAGUGAUCCAGUUUUGCUAAGGUUGGAUGUAGAGUCAAAACUUCCAGAAGAACUAAAAUUAGAAUUUUUAGUUGUAAGGCCUGAAGAAAAAUUGCCUGCUUUAUUAGUUCUGUUGAGAAAUGUUAUAAAUGCGAAAGAGCAAACAGUGGUGUUUGCUGCAACAAAACAUCAUGUGGAAUAUCUUCAUUUGAUUUUUGAUCAAUUAGGUAUCACAAAUACAUACAUCUAUUCCAACUUGGACCCUUCAGCUCGUAAAAUUCAUGCAGCCAAAUUUAGUACUGGAAAAGUGAAAGUUUUAAUUGUAACUGAUGUAGCUGCUAGAGGUAUCGAUAUACCUCAAUUGGACAACGUAAUUAAUUUUAAUUUUCCUGCCAAGUCCAAGUUAUUUGUGCACAGAGUCGGUCGAUGUGCCAGAGCUGGAAGAUCAGGUAUAGCAUAUUCAUUGGUAGCACCAGAUGAAUACGCAUAUCUAUUGGAUUUGCAUUUGUUUUUGGGACAACCGAUGUCUAUAGUUACUCUAGAAAAUAAACGAGGCAACAUUGGAAGAUUGCCACAAGAUUUAAUCGAAGAUCAGCUUAGUUCUUUAUUGUCGUUACAUGAAAUUAGUGUUGAUUUGGAAGCCGCACAAAAAACAAUAGAUAAUGCCUACAAACAAUAUAUAAAAACCAGGCCAGCAGCUUCAUCAGAUAGUAACAGAAGAAUUAAAGAGCUUCCAAUUAAUAUGUGUUCUCUUCAUCCUAUGUUUAAAGGUAGAAGUGAAAAUAGUGUCGUUGAGCGAGAGAAUUUGUUGGAUCAAAUGAAAAGUUAUAGACCACAAGGAACUAUUUUUGAAAUUUGCGGAAAAAAUAAAUCCCAAGAAUAUUUGACUAUGAAAGAAAAAAGGGCAUUUCACAAAGAAAAAAUUGAUUCCCAUAAAAAACUGAUGCAAGUAAAAAUGUCUGAAAACAAGAUUCCUAAUAAACCUGCUAGUUUGUUAACUGGUAGUACAAAUGAAGAUAUACAAGACACUUUCAAGAGCAUUAUAGUUCCCAAAAAAAGAAAAAUGGAGAUGCUAUACAAGAAAAACAAGAAACAAAAAACUGGUGAACAAGUUUACAUACCAUAUGCGCCAGAUGAUAAACACACUGAAGAUGGAUUAACAGUAAAUAAUUUCCAAAAUGAAGCAAGCAGGGCUCAACUUGAUCUUACUGGAGAUUCUGAAGAAGCAAUGAAACUCAAUAAGACGAUAAAGAAGUGGGAUAGGAAUAGGAAAAAGAUGAUAACUGUUGAUAAUCCUAAAAAGAGCAAAAUAAAAACAGAAAGCGGAGCUUGGAUACCGGCAACUUACAAGAGCGACAGAUAUGCGCAAUGGAAACAAAAAACCAAAGCUUCAGAAAAUAAUGAAGAUAAUGAUGAUGAUGAAGAUAACCCAAAUAAAAAUCUUAAUAAACCGAAACGCUACACUCAUUGGGCAAAACACAACGAAAAGGUGCAGAUGAAGCAGAAGAAGUCGGAAAUGAAGAGUAUGGAUCAAAUAUUGAAGGCCAGAGAGAUAGCGGAAAGGAAAAAGCAGAGGCAAAAGAAAGGCAAAGGAAAAGGAAAGGGAAAGGGGAAGGGAAAGGGUAGAGGAAAAGGACAGCAACGUAGAAAGUAGAUAUGUAUAAUAUAAUGAAAGAAUAUUUUUUUGUGGAGACUGGGAAACAAGAAUGUAGAAUGGCUUUUCUUCUCAGUAUUAUGUUAUGAAAAGAGGAUGAAGGUAUGCUGGAAUGAUGAAAAAGUUUGGGCCUAGUUCAUUUAUAUCUUCCAUAUGGAUUUUGAUAUAAUAUAGUUUUGCUGAUAGAAGGUCUUGACCAG